AUGGAGUUCACUAAGAAAUAUGUGUUAGUUCCAGAAGAGAUGAUGACAAAGCAUACCAUUUCUGAUAAACAGUUAAGUGAAUUGGAUAAAGCCAUGAUGCAUAUUUUAAACAGUUCAGUUGACGAUCGUGAGAAAUUAGUGCGUUAUUAUGAACUUUUACAAAAGAAAUUGAACUUAAAGGAAUACAAUUCACCCUUUAAACCUCCUAAAGACGACUCACAAAAUUCUUUAGACGAUUCAGCUGAGAUGAAGAAAGUGAAAGAGGAAGAAGAAGCCCCCUCAUCUGUGACAGACGGCGACAAACAGAUGACUGUAACUGAUUAUUCUACUGUUAUCUUAGACAGUGUACCUUUACGAAUGAGAAGAAAAGCACAAAAUGCAUUAGCUAUUUUAAAGCGACAUCCUGAUAUUCUUAAGUGGAAUGAUAAAGGCGAGCAAGAAACACACAAUAAGAUCAAAGUUUCUUUACAAUUCAUCGACAGUUUCCAGUUUUUGAAUACAUCUCUUGAAAAACUGGUACAAAAUCUGCCUGCAGAAAAAUUCAACAUUUUAAAGGAAAAUGUAAGAGAAGGGGAUCUUUCUCUUCUCUUGAAAAAGGGCAUUUACCCUUACGAUUACAUCCAGUCCUUUGAGAUGUUUGAAGAGACGGCGUUACCACCUCCUGCCGCCUUUCACAAUAGUUUAACGGACGAGGAGAUUUCAGCGUCAGAUUACGAACAUGCACAGGCAGUAUGGAACAGCUUCAACAUCCGUACAAUGGGGGAAUAUCACGACUUGUACGUGAAAUCAGACGUUUUACAACUGGCAGACGUAUUCGAAAAUUUUAGGAAAUUGUGUUUGCAAUUUUAUGAAAUCGAUUGUGCUCAUGUAAUGACAUCACCCGGUCUGUCCUGGCAAGCAUGUUUAAAAAUGAUUGAGCAGCCUCUAGAACUUUUAACCGAUGUAGAUAUGCAUCUCUUCAUUGAACAGGGGAUACGAGGGGGAAUUUCAGUGAUUACAAAGCGGUGGGCGCAGGCAAAUAAUCAUUAUAUGCCAAAUUACGAUUCAACAAACCCAGAGAGCUAUAUCAUGUAUCUAGAUGCAAAUAACCUGUAUGGAUGGGCGAUGUCGCAAGCAUUACCCUAUGGCGAAUUUGAAUGGAUUUCUGCGGAAGCUGUAACCCCUGAAUGGAUUCUUUCCAUUAGUGAAAAUUCAACAGAAGGUUAUAUUUUAGAAGUUGAUUUGGAAAACAUCCUCCCCUAUCAAAAUUUCAAUAGCCAAAUUAAAUUAAUCCCCAAUUUGAAGCAUAAACAAAAUUAUAUUGUGUAUUAUAAGAACUUACAAUUUUAUUUAAAGGAAGGUUUGAGAUUGACUGCCGUACAUAGGAUUUUGAAAUUUAAGCAGAAGGCCUGGCUAAAACCAUAUAUUGAUUUUAAUACAGAACAACGCAAGAACUCAAAAUCUGCUUUUGAGAAAGAUUUCUUUAAACUACUGAAUAAUUCCAUCUAUGGUAAAACUAUGGAAAAUAUAAGAAACCAUGUUAACGUGCAACUUGUGAAUGAACGGAAAAAGGCAGAAAAAAUUGGUAGCUGUCCCACUUUUAAACGAUUCCAAAUUUUCAGUGAGAAUCUUGUUGCAGUGGAGAGAUUGAAAAACACCCUCACUUUGAAUCGACCAAUCUAUGUAGGUUUUGUGAUUUUGGAAUUAAGUAAAAUUCUGAUGUACAACUUCCAUUACAAUAUUAUAAAGAAGGAGUACGGAGAAAAUGCGUCAUUGUUAUUCACUGACACAGAUUCUCUCACGUAUGAAAUUCGUACGAAGGAUGUAUAUGAGGAUAUGAAACAUCGCAGCGACAUUUACGAUACAUCAGACUAUCCCCCUAAUCAUCCUCUUUACAGUCAGAAAAACAUGAAAAAAAUUGGAUGUAUGAAAGAUGAAUUUUCAUCUAAAUUGGUUUAUGAAUUUGUGGGUCUGAGAGCAAAAAUGUAUUCCUUUUUAUCGGAGACGGGGGAGAAGAAGACGGCAAAGGGCGUUUCACGUCACGUCGUGCGAAGUAAAAUCCUGCAUGAGAAUUACAAGCACUGCCUUCAAAACCUGCAGUCUAGACGUGAGAUUCAAUAUAGAAUUGCAAGUGAAGAACAUCAUCUUUUCACUCUUCGCCAGAAUAAAUUAAGUCUCUCCCCAUUCGACGAUAAAAGGUAUAUUUUGGAGGAUGGUAUCCAUACAUUAGCGUACGGUCAUUAUAAAAUAGAGGCUGAUAAAGAAAAAGUAAAUUAAUAUUUUUUUUGAAUGUCAUCAUUGGUCAAUGACUUCACAGUGGAGUUGUGGGAAGGGGCUGGCACCUGGGAAUUCAAAAAAACCCCAUGACUGU